AUGGAUCUCAAAGUGAUCUGUGUGCUCUCCGUUAUCCUCGUCGUAGCCCUCAGCACCGUGGCAGAGGGAAAGACAUUACCAACAAGAUGCCAGUGUAAAAUGGACCCCAGGGAGCGGAAGAACUGCGGCUACCCAGGAAUCACACCAGUGGAGUGCAGGAAAGCCGGGUGCUGCUUCAGCAGUUCUGUCCCCAACGUUCCCUGGUGCUUUUCUCCUAAAGCAAAGAAAGCCAGGAAAGUAUGUCCCAACGAACCUCACGCCAGGAUAAACUGCGGCUUCCCCGGCAUCACGGCUAAGGAGUGCGAAAGGAAGGGGUGCUGCUUCAGGGCACAUCCCGCUGGUGUCCCCUGGUGCUUCUACCACCGCGUGGUGGAGGAAGGAAAUUCAGCAUCUUAG